CGCCGUGUCGUGCCUCUUUUCCUGCACACGUCCAUACCGAGUACUCCGUUUCAAGCAAUAUAGACGAGUCUUCCAAGUUGUCGGUGGGACUCAACGAACCGAGUAUGCCUCCUCCUUUAAUACACCACCUGACUCAAACGCUGCCGCAACAUUGUGAGCCGUCUUCGCCCUUUUUCGCUGCCAUUUCAGCAUAUCUGCACACGUGCAUACCUACGCCGCUCGCUCUCAUAUCAUCAGUGCUGGGUACCCUCAGCAUUGUGUCAUGGCUGUUUGCACAGCUUCCACAGAUAUACAAGAAUGUACAGUUGCAGUCUACGUCGGGCUUGUCCAUAUUCUUUCUUGUGGAGUGGUGCUUGGGAGACACUAGCAACCUGAUCGGUGCUCUACUCACUCGGCAAGCUACUUGGCAAGUUAUCAUUGCAGGCUACUAUGUCCUAGUCGAUGUUACACUCGUCUUCCAGUUUUUCUGGUACACACAUAUCAAAGGACGUCAGGGUGGCUACCGUAGCCUCACUCACUCACAUCAUGAGGGCGGAGCCGGGGGUGUGUUAGAAGGGGUAUCUUUUUCCGAGAACAACUCAGUCAACCAUACACCUUCAGAAACAACAGCCAAUUCAGACGCGAAAGACAUGAAAGGUCACAAAGAGCCUAUCUUCGGUUCUUCUAACGGCCAGUCUCCAUCGUACUCUAACGAGAAGCUGAGCUCAUCCCGUCGUUCAAUGGUCAGAAAAAGCAGUGGACCCAGCUUGCCUAUAGCCUCUACGCGCACAGUUCUACUAGCAUCGAUGCUUUGCGCCGUUGUGGCCAACGCAGCACCAACAGAGCCAGCUACAGAACCACACUCCGAUUUCCUCAGCCUGGGGUUCCUCGGCACCUUUUUCUCGUGGAUGUCAACAUUCCUAUACCUUUUCUCGCGCCCACCCCAACUAUACAAGAAUUACAAGCGCAAGAGCACCUCCGGUCUAUCUCCGCUGCUCUUCAUGGCCGCAUUUAGCGGAAACUUCUUCUACUCCACGUCUCUCCUCACAAACCCGAACGCCUGGUUCGACUACGCCCCUUACGGUGGCGGCGGAUGGGCCGACUCCAACGGCAAUAACCGCGCCGAAUGGUUAGGCCGAGCUAUCCCAUUCUUCCUAGGGGCAUUCGGCGUCCUUUUCUUCGACGGCUUCAUGGGCGUGCAAUUCCUAAUGUACGGCACGCGAGACGACGAGUCCAUCGUUGAGAUCGAAGAUCCGAAGUGCGGACGUAGUCGCUGGAUGCGAGUCCGCGGCUGGAUGAGAGGCUGGAUCCCCUCCGUAUCCCCUACCCGCGAUUCCCACCACCACCGUACUCCCACAGAAAACCAGGCGCUUUUAGAAGAAGACCGCGAUAGAUACGGUACAGUUUAGAUGAUCAGCAAGACUUCGUGUCGUAUAAUCGUCUAGAACUUCCUGUUUUCUUUCUUACACAUACUCACUUUUCUCGAUACUGCAUUAAGCAGAUACGAAUUGCUUUAUGACUUCAUGACGAUCCUUUGGCCUGAGGGUUUUUUUUUACAGCUUGCUGUCUUUCAAUCUUCUCGGGUUUUCACAGGCUUAUUCUCUAUCGUUUGGCGCCGUCGCUUUAUCUUUGUUUUUUUUUUUAUAUAUCACUGGACGUUAUGGGAUUCAAGGCUGGGCUAGGCUUAAGGCUGAGGUUGGAGAUACCUCAAGGUGGUUAUUAUAGCAACAGAAGAUGGCAUGAGAUCACAAACUAUCAUUCAGUCGGCGUACCGGAUUCAUUAUAUUUUCUAGCCUCCAGGGUACACUGUGAGGUGUUUGGUUACGGAUAGAUGUCUGCAUACGGGGUGCAUAUAUAGCAUAUACAUACUAGGGCACUCGGAUACUAUUUGAGUUAUUGAUUUGGAUAGCAACAUACAUGAUCUCAUCACAUUAAAUCCCUAGCUAUAUAUAUGAAGGUACAAAUGAAUCCAAUAAAAAUGUAUUAACAAUCA